AGCAAACUCCACUCCGGAGAACAUCAGCCUGGGUAGCUGAAAUCGAGCAAACUCCAGUGAGUCAGCCUGAGGAGAAGCUGGAAGAUGAAAAGCAGGAGAAUGAGUCAAUUGAAGAAAUCAACUCCUGCCAGUAUGAGAUUGGGAAGAAGCUGGGUAAAGGAGCAUUUGGUGGCAGUGAAAUAUGUCGACAAGGACGAGGACACAGAUUACAUCAGCAUCCCGGGUUAUGCUGAACCCAUUCCUCGAGAGGUCGCUCUUCUGACUCUUGCCAGUGAGGGAGAUGAUGUCCCAGAGAUCAUUCAGCUUCUGGACUGGCAGGACUUUGAGAAUUAUUACAUCAUGGUCCUGGAGCGCUUCACUCCCUGUCAGGAUUUGUGUGAAUUCCUCUUUAAUGAAGAGAAACCACUCGACGAUAGGACAGCGAGAGUCAUCAUGUGGCAGGCGACCAAGGCCGCGCACAUGUGCUGCAAACGGGGAGUUUUCCACCGAGAUAUAAAACUGGAAAACUUCCUCAUCAACACAGACACCCUAGACAUCAAACUCAUCGACUUUGGGUGCGGUGAUUUUCUUAAGACGUCGGCCUACACGGAAUUCAUGGGCACAGAGGAAUACUUCGGCCCAGAAUACUUUAAAACUGGCGAGUACUACGCUAAGCCCACGACGGUGUACUCACUGGGUGUCCUGUUGUUCACCUUGGUGUGCGGGAGAUUCCCAGAUACCAUUGACAAGUACCAGAUGAAGAACAAGUUCUGGUCUACACAUGGCUUCUCUAAAGAAUGCUGCAGUUUAAUUGAAGCCUGUCUGCAGGAGAACCCAGAAGAUCGCAUUCAUCUGGGAAAGAUCCACGACCACGCUUGGUUUCAGGACGAACAUCAGAGAGACGACCAGCAGAAUAUCAUUGAGAGUCCAGCCGAUAAUGAUGUCAAUAGACUUCCAGAAGGAGAGAUUCAACUCCCGCUCACCACAGACAGUCAAGCGUCAGAAGGAGAGAUUCAAGUCCUGCUCGCUCCUGUCAGUCAGUCUGAGGAGAAGAUGGAGGAUGAAGAGCAUAAGUAUGAGUCGAUUGAAGAAAUCAACUCCUGGCAGUAUGAGAUUGGGAAGAAGCUGGGUAAAGGAGCAUUUGGUUCAGUCUAUGAAGGCACACGUGUGAGCGACGGCUGGAAGGUGGCAGUGAAAUAUGUCAAAAAGAACAAGAACACAGAUUACAUCAGCAUCCCGGGUUAUGCUGAACCCAUUCCUCGAGAGGUCGCUCUUCUGACUCUUGCCAGUGAGGGAGAUGAUGUUCCAGUGAUCAUUCAGCUUCUGGACUGGCAGGACUUUGAGAAUUAUUACAUCAUGGUCCUGGAGCGCUUCACUCCCUGUGAGGAUAUGAACGGUUUCGUCAGGCGUUAUGGAGGCAGCAUCGAUGAGGAGCUCGCUCGAGUUAUCUUACGGCAGGUGACUGAAGCUGCUGAAGUGUGCCGCAGACGAGGAGUUUUCCAUCGAGACAUCAAAAUGGAUAACCUCCUCAUAAACCCAGACACACAAGAGGUCAAAUUAAUUGACUUUGGUUGCGGCGACAUCCUAAAAACAUCCACCUACAGGACGUAUAUUGGCACAAGAAACUACGUCUGCCCUGAAUUCUUAGAAACGGGCGAGUACAACGGAAAUCCAGCGACGGUGUACUCACUGGGAGUUCUCUUGUUUGUCAUGGUCUGCGGGGUGUUUCCAAACUAUAAUGACCUGUACCAGAUCAAUGAGAAGAUGUGGUAUGAGGACGGCUUGACCACAGAAUGCUGCAGUUUAAUUCAGUCGUGUCUGCAGAAGAAUCCAGAAGAACGUUUGCUUCUGGAAAACAUCCUUGAGCACGUCUGGUUUCAGGAUAAUGAUGGUGUAACUGGUGUAAGGUGAUGACGUAAGUAUUGUCACCAAUAGAAAGACAGAACCCCCCAGAAUAACCCAGAGCACUAAAAUACACUUGGUGCACUUCCAUAAGUGUACUUAAACUGAUCUAUCUAUAAUCACACAUGAUGCUAAAAAUAUCAUCUUUAGUACUUCUAUUCAUAUCUCAAAAUAACACAGUUGAGUACACUUAGAUCUAAUGAAUUAGAUCUUAGAAACUACUAAAGAAUAAUGUUUUCUAUAUUAAGUACAACAUUUGUGUGUGAAAAUAGAUUUAAAUUUAGAUACAUGUAAUUGUGUUUUAGUGCAAAUUUUCACCUGGGCGAAAAGAAAAAGGGGAAAAAAAUAAAAUAAAAUACGGCUGGAACGACAUAAUUAAUUACGUUGACGUGCAGCACAUCACAACACAUUUAAAAGGAAACUUGCCUUUUUUAUUCAGAGCUGUGACAGUAAUACGUGUCGAGCUAUAACAGAUUACAUACAGGCCGUAGUUUGUCUUCAAUAUAGUUGUGUUGAUAGAGAGAUGUUAGACCCUUGACAUGUCGUUCCAGCCAUUAAAUAAAAUUCAAUUCAAUUUAAAACGAGUCUGGCUUCAAAAUGCUCAUUUUAAACUGUACUUUUAUAUGUUAUUUAAUGGUAAUAGUAUAUUUCUUCCUUUACCUUUGCUUU